AUGUUAGAGAAGCAUGAAUUUGAUGUGAGAACACUCAUUCGAGGCUCACGAAGUCCUGACCCGAAAAUGCCAAUACUACCUUUAAAUAACGAUGAUAGUUCGCUUCCAUCAGUGCCUCCGCCACCAUAUUCUUUAGGGGAUGAAUAUCUGCUCGGCCUUGCAGGAAAUACCUCAGCUACAGGCCAUUCAGCAUGCGAGCUUCAGAGCAUAACCGUGAAGUCUGGUAGUCACUUCCUUCCAGAAAAGCCCUUCAGCCAUGCCCCUUCAUCUAACGUACUGUCCACGACUUCCGCUAUCAUCUAUAGCCCCACGCCAAUUCCAAACAAUUUUAGGCAGAAAGAGUAUUGCAAUGUCGCCAAUCUCAUACUCAAACUGCAACAGCCAGCUCCCGACAAUAGAAUUGUGGGACAAAAAGUUCGCGGCAAUUUCGGGUCUGAAAUAUGGGAGACUCCAGAUAAUGUUUCUAAGUUUGCAACGGCUCAACCCACCAAAAAGAGGAGAUAUAUCUCACGCACGUUCCCCGCUGACUCUUUCACCCAGCCGUAUCUCGACGAGUGUUAUGAUCGGCCAUAUGGAUACGAUACAAGCAUUGUUCCCUUGCCUCCAAAGGAGCACCAAUCUAUAAAAUCGACUUCUGGUUUGGACCUGGAAUUAGAAUUUUCUCAGAAACAAUCACGCUCUUUGCAAGAUGCUUACACCACGGGCCUGCACGAAUUCAAUACGUUAGCCAGGCUUCUACCAAGACUCGACGACCACUAUGUGCCCGUCGAGGCGUCGUUUUGGGGGAAGAAGGAACGAUUGACAUACAAGAGAAUGCAAUUAUUGGAGAAACGGCUGCAAGAUAUGGUAUGGGAGGGAGAAAGAAUGGAGCGCGCACAAAAGCGUAUCUAUGAAGAAUUGGAGAAGCGCCGAGAGACGAGGGAGCUUCUGGAAAUACCCCUCAGGAUUAUGGCGAGAGAGCUUAGUGAAAGGAAUGUAGGGAGGAGAUGGCUGACGGGAGAGAUACCGUGGGCAGAUGGUGUGAAUAUGGGGAAAGGCGAGCCGCAUGCGAGGAAUACUGUGGAUAUGGUAGACCGUCGUAGUAGACUUGAUUUGGCACGUCCAUAG